AUGACGCGUGACAACGAAACAAGUGCACUUGAGUUGCAUAUAAAAGUAAACGGGCAAAAUUUAUCAGCGAUUUCGGAAAAUCGUAAUAUAAGCACGUUACGACCUCCUUCCGAUCCAUCUUGGCCGAAAAUACCUCUACGUCGUUUAAACAAUAAUGUCAAUGAUAUUAUCGAACCGCCAUGUGUGGUUACCCUGAUAGGAACUCCUAGGAAAGGUCGCAGUAUAGUACGACCUGUUACGUGUCAAUAUAUCAGACCGAAAUUGAAUCAAAAGUACGAAGUACCCACGCAUAUACCGAAAAGAUUGCCCGGUUCCAUCGAUCCACGUUUUAAAAGGCAGAUAUCGCGACAGAAGACCGAGAAGCCAGAUGAAUCUUGUGAUACGAAGAAUGAUAAACAAACGCCAGAAAUGCAUGUUUCGCAAGAAAUUGAGAAACCUGAGGACAGAAUGCAAGGAGCGAUUGAAAGUGCGGAUAAUUAUGCAUGUUAUAAUGUAAAUAAAUUAUUAGAAAGCGUCAACAAAGAGACCACUGAUUGUCCCACUAAAGAACAAUUUAUUUCGGAAGCCGAUUAUUGUAAAACGGGUAAUUGUGUGUACAAAACUCUCAUCUAUGACUAUUCCCUUUCAGCCCCGCCAUACGUCACUAAUGAGCGACGCGAAGAUAGAUUUCCUCAGGUAGAACAACAAGAAACUGGUAGGUCGCUACUUUUAAUGGUUGAUGAAAAAAAGAUAUUGCCUAUUAACGCUUUUAACAUAGAAGCUGCCGCUUCUUCGGACGUGCAGCCAUUGCAAUGUUAUAGUGUACAAAUUCCUGUAGUUGCCUAUCAUAAUGUACCUUUACAAAUAUCAAAUAUAUCAAAACAAAUGCAAGAGAAUAUUAAAAUUGAAUGUCAGAGCGAUAGAAUGAAAGAUAGAGAAUCUGUCGGGAAUAUCGAUCCAGCGUCAACUUUGAUCAAUUCGAUUUAUGACUCCAAAGAACCUGAAAAGUAUCCACUUAACGAUAUUCGAGAACAUAAUACGAAGAUCGAUAUUCCGGGAAAUAAAAGUAUUUCAUGCUGUAAAACACCCGAUUGCAUAUACAAUAAAGAAGACGUUAACUCGAGUGUUUCACUAAAUCAGGAUAUUGUAAACGACACUUUGCUCGAUAAAAGUCAUCGUGAAAAAUUUAAUACGAUAGAUAACGCGAAUAUUGUGGAAGAUGGUGGAAGUUCCUCUAACACGACUACGGCUAGAAGAUUGAAAACUGUCGAACAAAAAUGCAAUAUAGAUAAUUCGAAUACCAUGGAGAGACGCGGAAUUGAGCGGAAAACAUUGAGCGAGACGAAAAUAGCAAAAACUUCGCUACAAGAACAGAAACUCAUAUAUCACGAUAAGAAUAGACAAGUCGGUUUAGACAAAUCCUCGACAAACAUAAUGAAUAACAAAAUAUUCAAGAGGGAUAUAGCCUUUAAUGAAGUCAAAAAUAAAGAGCUAAAACGUAAAACUGCGCCGAUAAAUCUAUCGCGAAAGGCCAAAUCAUUCUUUCGAAAAAAAUCUCGUUUGGCGAUUACAGAUUCCGAUUGCACUUUGAUAUUGCCCGGUUCGCGUCACGUUAAAGGUAAGCAAUACGAGAAAAGCCGCUUGAAGGUAAGUCAAUUAUUGCAUAGAAGAAACGGGAUAAAUGGCACGAAAUCUACAAUACGAAUAAAAUCUAAUAACGCGAAAUCCAAUCGACAAAUAAACUCUUGUUCAUUGACGAAUUUACAAGCCAAGGGGGAUUUAUUCGAGGAACCAUCGUCCAUCCCUUUAGAGACACAGGAAUUGUUGAAUCAGAGUUAUUGGGAAUAUUAUUGGAAGCUCAGGCGUAAAAUCGCAUCGGCUAAUAAACCGGAUAAUACGGGAGACAGAGAAUGUUUGCCGGAAUCCCAAACCCUCCAACAAUGUUCCGUGCUCUCUUCCAUGAUCAAUACGGCACUUCGAGAUUCGACAGCUGCUGAUGGCAGAUCGUUUUCGGAUCCGACCUUUAAUGUGCGCGAGAAUGUUCGUCAUGAAACUUCCGGGGAAUUUGCAAAGAAAGCGAAACGAAGGAAAACGAAGCGAGCGAGCAAACGGUUGCUCGGACUUAGAAUUAUAGCUCUACUCAGUAUCUCGAUAUACGUCGCGGUCAUAUUUCUGCCUAUGUUGUACGACUAUUUCUUUGACGAGGAAUACGAGAACGAUUACGUGGACACGAAUUACAUCGAACUGGCGCUUCAAUAUGUUGCAUCGUCGUUCGGAGAAGCCUUCGAUGGAAUUAUCGACAUCUUGAACACCCUCCUUUUACGUCCACGUCCCUGUGGAAAAUGCAACAAUGUUAUUUGAAUCCAUCGUGUAUUCAUACAUCUUCAACAUGUUUCGUCACUUACGCUUAUUCGUGUUGUUUCCUGUUUUUUACACGCGUCUAAUUUUUGCGUGUGAGUUAUGCGUCUUCUACGUCGAACUUUUUAUAUUUUUCUAAUGAUAUUUUCUACAUGCCUAUUGUGCAACAUGAGUAUUUAUACAUGUGAUUAUAUGUAUUUGCGAUUAAA